AUGUCCAAUCAAGAAAUUGCUCAUGCUGUACUGGGUGCAGUUGGUGGUGCUUUAGCCCUUGGUAUAACUUAUCCUUUAAUUACUUUAUCAACAAUUGCCCAAACUGCUGCCAAAAAGAAGGAAGCAGAAGAAGCAUCAGAAAUUACCGAAAAUACUCAAAAAUCUCAACCAACAGUUAGUUUAACAACUUUAGAAAAAAUUGUUUAUGCCAUUCAAAAUAAUGCUGCUUAUAUUGCUGCCAAAGAAAUUCUUAAAGAGAAAGGUCCAUUAGGAUUAUAUUCUGGUUUGGAAAGUGCAUUAUAUGGAAUCACUUUAACUAAUUUUAUUUAUUAUUAUUUCUAUGAAUUAACUUCUAACGUAUUUUUAAAAUCUAAUGGGAAAAAACGUAAUGGAUUAAGUACUUUCCAAUCAAUAAUAACUGGUGCUAUUGCUGGUGCAUUCACUUGUGUUGGAUCUAAUCCAUUUUGGGUUGCCAAUACCAGAAUGAUGACCGAAAAGAAAAAGGGAAAAUCUGUUGCUGCUAAUGCUAAUUCUGGUGGUGGUGGUGGUGACGCCCAAAGCAAAGAAGAAGAUAAUGAUAAUAAUUCUUCUAAUUCGACUUUUAAGGCAUUGGUUAAUAUUGUUGAACAAGAUGGUGUUGGUGCGUUAUUUGCUGGAGUAUUACCAGCUUUAGUAUUGGUGAUCAACCCAAUUAUUCAAUACACUAUUUUCGAACAAAUUAAAAAUAUAAUCAUUGCUAAAAAUGGACCCAAAUCAUUUACUGCCAUUAAAGCUUUUUUCAUUGGUGCCUUUGGGAAAUUAAUUGCUACUUCAUUAACUUAUCCUUAUAUAACUUUGAAAUCAAGAAUGCAUAUUAAAAGAAAGAAAUUAAAUGCUGAUAAUCAACAAGAUGAAGAAAAACAAUUAUCAAUGAUUCAAGAAAUUAGAAAAAUUGUCAAAGAGGAAGGAUUAGAAGGAUUAUAUGCUGGUUUAGCUGUUAAAUUGACUCAAUCUAUUGCCACAGCAGCAUUUUUGUUUUAUUUUAAAGAAGAAUUGUUUUCCGGUAGUGUCAAAUUGAUUGAAAUUUUACGUAUGUUUAGUUUCAAGAAAUCAAUCAAGUCUCCAGUUGUUAAAGUUUAA